UGGUCAUGGCUUCCUCGUUCAUAUUCCUCGUACUGUUACUGCCCUGGCAAGUCAACGCCCAUGGAGGUCAUGGCCAUGGGGACGCCGACGGCCAGGACGCCGGCCUCAGGUCGAAAGGCCUCAUCGCCGUCAAAAUAUACUGCCUCGUCAUCCUCUUACUCACCACCUUCGCGGGAGGAGUCUCCCCCUACUUCUACCGGUGGAACGAGAGCUUCCUCCUCCUCGGCACCCAAUUCGCUGGAGGAAUUUUUCUAGGGACGUCCAUGAUGCACUUUCUGUCCGACGCGACGGAAACCCUCGGGGAUUUGACGGACAAAAGCUACCCGUUCUCGUUCAUGCUUGCGUCGGUGGGGUACGCCUUGACGAUGGCCGGAGAUGUUGUGAUUUCGGCGGUGACGAGGCGGUCGGGGAGGGGAGGGAGGGUGGAGGCGGGGAGUGUAGAUGACGAGAAAGAGGCGAUCGAUGCUCAUCCGAGUCUGGUGAGGGCCAGUACGUUUGGGGAUGCGGUGUUGCUAAUUCUCGCGCUUUGUUUUCACUCGGUGUUCGAGGGGAUGGCCAUCGGAGUUGCAGGCACCAAGGCUGAUGCAUGGAGGAACCUAUGGACAAUCUCCCUCCACAAAAUAUUGGCCAUAGCCAUGGGCAUCGCACUCCUCCGAAUGCUACCGAAGCGACCGUUCUUGACCACCGUCGCCUACUCCCUCGCCUUCGCCGUCUCGAGCCCCGUCGGCAUCGGCAUCGGCAUCAGCAUCAACGCUACUACGCAAGGGAAUGCCGCCGACUGGAUUUAUGCCAUCUCAAUGAGCCUCGCCUCUGGGAUAUUUAUAUAUGUUGCUAUUAACCAUCUUAUAGCUAAAGGGUUCAGGCCACAGAGCAAGUGUUAUUUUGAUACCCCCUUGUUUAGGUUUGUGGCGGUUGUUUUUGUUGGGAUCGGAGUGAUGGCGGUUGUCAUGAUUUGGGACUGAUUUUGUAUGUAGAUGCAAAUUAAUUGUCCGAGAUGUUUGUGUGUAUAGUUUGAAUAUAUAUAUGUA